CUUCUCCCGCUUCCCAUCACUCCAUCACACACAGUGCUCACCCCCACCGACCACCAAGAUGAGGUGGAUAACGCUGCUGUUCCUCCUCUACUCGGUGCGCUGCCACCAGAGCACCUCCAACACAACGUAUACACUACCCGAGCCGCAGAGCUCUUAUACAAACGAUACUGAUGUUGAGUCCGGUAUGGCCUGCCACGAUAUUCGGCUGGUGCCGCUUCUACAGCAGUGCCAAUUUGCACAUGACCACUGCGAUGAGUAUCGGAUCGGGUUCAUCAACUACGUGGACUGGUACUACUGCGCAGGCCAUAGCUCCACCGCGCGCGUACCCACUAUACUGAUAUAUGUCUUGGUGUUGGUGUCUUUGUUCACAACGUUGGGCAUAACUGCAUCGGAGUUCCUAUGCCCCAACCUGGAUACCAUUGCGAAGUUCUUUCACAUGAGCGAGUCCCUCGCUGGUGUGACUCUUCUAGCGUUGGGAAACGGCUCGCCAGACGUGUUUUCAACACUGGAGGCCAUGAAAGUUGGCUCUGCUAAUUUGGCUAUCGGUGAGCUCAUUGGCGCUGCGCUGUUCAUAUCAGCGGUUGUUGUUGGUAGCAUGGCCAUCGUGAGGCCUUUCAAAGUGGCAAAGAGGCCUUUCAUCAGGGACGUGCUGUUCCUUCUCGUGUGCGUGUCAAUUACAGCCGUUUUCCUCAGCGAUGGUGAGAUCUCUUUACCUGAGGCAGUUGCCAUGAUCGCACUGUAUUCAACAUACGUGAUAUUUGUGCUGUGUUGGGACUGGCUUGUCACCAAGAGGAGAAGAAUGCAACUGCUGGAUCAAAAGGCCCGUAAUUUAUUCCUUGACGGCACCUCUAAGGGUAACAUACGGGAGUUCCAAGUAGAGGAACAGAAUGAGAUCAACGAUGAACAUCUAUGGCAAGAACUAAACCCUACAGGAUCAGCAGGAAUUGGUGUCUUGGACGAGCAAUUACAGAAGCAGUCAGUGGAUAGUUUCAACGAAUGGACAAAGACGUCUUCAGUCCAAAGAUUCAGACCUUCGAUUCUUGGAGCAUUGGAUCUUAACUCUAGGGCCAGCGAGUUCAAACAGAUGAACUCAUCUGGUGGCAUAUCACUUGAUAAUUUGGAAGCCGUAACAGCAUCGAAGCAACAGGAGCGUGAGCACGAGAUUAGAAUGAGCACAGCUCCACAGUUUACCGAUAAUGACGAUCAACACUCAUUAGGUGAAUACGAACAAAGGGUACAGUCUGCGCCUGCACAGUACUUAUACGACUACGAUGAACCAUUCCCAGGAGAGAGUGUUCCAAACUUCUUUGAUGCCCAUGACUCACUGAGGAAGUUCUUCAGGACAAGUACGUUCUGGAAGAACAACGGUAUUGUCCAAACGGUGUUUCCUACGCUAUACCAUUUUCAAGACAAGAUGGUACCAGAAAAGGCAAUCAGCAUAUUGUGCUUGCCUAUUGUCACAAUGCUCAGACUUACCAUCCCGGUUACCUCAACGGAGAAUGGCGUGGUGGAAACCAAGCAACUCUUUGGUAGACAGUUUUUCCUAUUGCUGCUACAAUGUGCUAUAUCACCAUUCAUCACCAUGGUUUUAUGCUUCUAUGACGAUGCACUCACUGCCAAGUUCUUCUUGAUCCCCAUCAUGGUCUCAUCUGCAUUGCUGGCUUGUUCAUUCACACUGAGACGCCUCCCAAAGCUACAGACCGGAUUCGCUGUUUGCUUAGCAGGGCUUGGAUUCAUCAUCUCAAUCUCUUGGAUCUCCACCAUCGCUGCUGAACUUAUCGCCAUCAUAAAGUUCUUUGCAGUGCUGCUAGACUUGAGUGAUGCCAUAUUGGGCAUCACCGUGUUCGCAGUGGGUAAUUCGCUUGGUGACUUCAUCUCUAACUUCACAAUUGCAAAGAUGGGGUUCCCAAUGAUGGCCUUAUCCGCAUGCUUUGGAGGCCCUUUGCUAAACAUCUUACUCGGCAUUGGAGGCAGUGCACUGUACGUCAUCCCAACAAGCGGUGAGAACAUACCAGUGCACUUAUCCGGUACUCUAGUGAUAACAGGUGUUACUUUGAUGAUCAAUUUGGUGUUGAUGUUGGUUAUUGUGCCUAUCAAUGGAUGGCAGAUGAGCAGACCUAUCGGGCUUGCGAUGGUUGGUCUGUGGUGUAUUGCGACUACAAUUUCUUGUGUUAUAGAGCUGCUUAGAUGAUUUCAAUGGCUAAUUUCCUGUAUCAAUGAACAGAACAACGAGCA